UUGACACUUCCCCAUUGCGACCAAUAAUGCUGUGGAUACUCUAGUGUCAGGUAUGUCGCUGUCAGCAAAUGGUUUCCAAUCCUCCGGCACCUGCGGAGGCUCCUGAGGCCUACUUCUUCCCCCUCCUCGCCAGAUUGAGGGAUAUAUUUAAAGGCUCCCAAACGGCAUUCCCUCGUUCAAUUCCUUCUAUUCCUCUCACAUAUUUCCCUUUACCAUCGCCUCACAUUUCUCGUCCCCCACAACACCUAUCUAUCUACGAUGUCGUACUACGGCGAGCAGCGCCCCCCGUAUUACGGCGGCGGUGCCCCUCCUCAAGCCCCAUAUGGACAGCCUCAGUAUGAGCGUCCUCCAUAUGACAACCGUCCGCCAUACGAGCAGCGCCCUCCCUAUGACCGCCCCCCAUACGAGAGACCUCCGUACGAACAGCCUCCUCCCGACCAGCGCCCUCCGUAUGACAGACCACCAUCGGAACGCCCACCUUACGAGAGACCCCCAUACGAGUCAGACCGUUCCUUCGAUUCUCGCCCCCCCUACUCUGCACCACCUUCGGCCCGCCCUCCUCAGAUACCCCCGCCGCCUCUUCCCGUCGGCUGGGUCCAGGAAUGGGAGCCCAACGCCCGUCGUGCUUUCUGGGUCGAGGUCGCUACCGGUAACUCACAGUGGGAGCAGCCGUUUGGCGACGGCUCGCGUGAUAUGGGUCCCCCCGGCGGACCUCCCGCUAUCAUGAGCCCCCCUCCUUCAGGCCCCAUCAGCCCUCCUCCCCCCGGCCCUUACUACGGCGCUCCCCCGCCUCAGGACGGAGGAUAUUACCCUCCUCCCCAGCAGGGUGAUUACAAGAGCCCAGAAGAGAGAAAGAAGGAGGACCGGAAGAAGAUGAUGAUGGGAGCUGCGGCUGGUUUGGCCCUUGGCGGUGUUGCCGGAGCUGUCCUCCAACACGAAUUCGGUGAAUCUUCCGAGUCCGAAAAAGAGGAAGAGGAAGUUGAGCAUAAGGUCGUGGAGCAGCACAUUUACCACCAUUACGAUGAGGGCGAGCGUGAAGCCUACUCUCCCCCCGCGGAUGACUGGUAGUGGGGUAACGGAUGAUGAGCUGGCAUUUUUUUUCUUUCGUAUUUCUAGAAUGGGACUUUUGCAUUAGUUCGGGUUCGUUUUAGCCACAAUGGGUUCGGGUCUUGGUUUAAGGCCUGCAGUAAAUUAUUCCCAAAAUUACACCCUUUAAUCUGGAUUGAUUCCUUCAUAUCUCUCAUUGAAAAGUGCUGUCAAUCGUAACAUCAACUGGUUGGGGAGCUCGUAGGGCUCGUGGUAUGGAGAAGCCAUCCCUAUGUGUCGCUUUUUUGAGAUGCCUUAAUACUCAG